CGCGUCUGAUCUGCCCUGAGCGUCAGGCGAAGAAGUUAGCAUUACAUUCAGUACGCUGCUGCCUCUCAGCGUACAUAGCAGCAGUCACUGGACCAGCCUCUCUGACAACUUAACGAAGCCCGAGAAGAGCCGAGGACGUGUGAGGACAGAGUUUAGUCAAACAAUCCCUUUGGUCUGCCUCCACUCUGCUUGUUAGCUGUUUGCCAAGCGAGUUAUUUUCUGGGGUCCGAGGAAACAUGAGCUUUCUUUUUGGAAACCGUUCAUCCAAGACGUUCAAGCCCAAAAAGAAUAUCCCGGAGGGUUCACAUCAGUACGAGCUGUUGAAACAUGCAGAGGCCACACUGGGAAGUGGAAACCUGCGCAUGGCAGUCAUGUUGCCCGAGGGUGAAGACUUAAAUGAAUGGGUCGCAGUCAACACUGUGGAUUUCUUCAACCAGAUCAACAUGCUAUAUGGUACUAUCACAGACUUUUGCACAGAGGAAAGCUGUCCAGUCAUGUCUGCUGGCCCUAAGUAUGAGUACCAUUGGGCUGAUGGAACCAACAUCAAGAAGCCCAUCAAAUGUUCCGCUCCCAAGUAUAUUGAUUACCUCAUGACCUGGGUGCAGGACCAGCUUGACGAUGAAACACUCUUCCCUUCAAAGAUCGGUGUCCCCUUUAAGCGAAACUUUAUGUCCGUGGCGAAGACCAUUCUGAAGCGCCUGUUCAGGGUCUACGCCCACAUCUACCACCAGCACUUUGACUCUGUCAUGCAGCUGCAAGAGGAGGCCCACCUCAACACGUCGUUCAAACACUUCAUCUUUUUUGUUCAGGAGUUCAACCUCAUUGACAGGAAAGAGCUGGUCCCACUACAGGAGCUGAUUGAAAAACUGACAACCAAGGAUAGAUAAACAGCAAUGAAAUCCUCAUUUUAUUGGUCUUCUAGUUUUUUGCACAGAUACCCACCCCACCCUGGCUGUACGUAUGCAGUAUAUACUAUAUUUCCAUUUGGGGAAAUGUUUUUAAAAAAGGCCAGGAAGAAGGAAGGGUCUUGAUAGGUUUAAGGCACCAGGACUAAUGCUAUCAGGGAUAACACACUUAAUUGAACAAACCACAGAUUAACGUAUUAGAGAAAAUGGUUUUAGCUGUAUGGAAAAAUCCCCAGUGUUCAGUCAUGGCUUACAUUUAGGAUAGUAUAGAUAUAUUAGUUUUCUAUUAGACUGCACAGAUUUUUUUUUUUUUUUUUCCACUUGGAUUUAUGGCAAUAUGAGGCAUUUCCAUGGUCUUAAAUUCCUAUUUCCAACUCACUCACAGGAGAGAAUGCAGUGUAAGCAAAGUUGCUGUAUCGUGGUAGGAGGGUUUUGUUGGUGUUAUGGCAAGAAUUUAAGCCAGCCUUUUAGCCAAUUCAACAGCAGUAGCUAGUUAUUUUAUUCAUUUAAACUACAUCGAAGGAGCUGGGUUGCGGUUUGCUACUGUUCACAUCUUUAAUAUCCCACAUCUGUCAAUACAAAAGAAUCGUAAGUGCCUAGCAUGGCUCAUAAUUGCCCUAUAUCACCAGUGAGAACUGUAAGUAGAUAAAGGCCAUAUACCACUGACAAGCUGGACACAGCGUUAAACUUUCCACUCAACCUUCUUUUAAGUUUCUGUGGUUCUAAAUCGCCUCUUACACCCCUUUUCUAUCUGUACUGUAACUAGGUUCAAAAAUUAUUUUAUCUGUUCUGUGCAGGUUAUGAUAAAUGAAUGUGUUGAAGGACAUAGAGGUGAAGCUAGAAUAUAGUCAUGUUGUAGCAGGGACUGAAAAUUAACUAAACUUUUCGCGUUUUCUAGUAACAUGUUCCUGUGUACUAGUUUCUUCCCCCAAAACUUUAAGUAGAAACACAUUUUAGGAAAGGUCUGCAAGGGAUCUAAAACCUUAAAGUGUAUAAAUAAGGUCAGUAGUAGUAGAUAAUUGUGUUACAACUUCCACUGUUUAAAAAUAACAGUAUUUCUUGAAUUGGAUUUUGCAGCAUCCCUUGUUAUUUCACUAGCCAUAAAGCACUUUGAACAAUUUUCCUGACCUCUCUUGCCUGAAUGUUUAUUCUGCAUAGGCCGUGCUUUGUGAGAAGCUGUAUCAUGUGACUGAUCAGAGUUUGUUUCUUCCCUCAUGUUUCCCCAAAUGAAUGUUGAAUUGCUUAACCUCCUCUGAAAUCAGCUAUAAGGCACAAGUGAGAUUUCUUAUGCUUUUGUAUGGUUUGAGUUGUUGCUGUGCUUCAGACAGCAGAUGCAUGUACCCUUCCCCGAUCUCAAAGUGUAGUUUACUAUGCAAAAAUUGACACAACACUAAAAGGGUUACCAGUUGGCUCAUUCAUACUUUAUAUCCGAUGCUAAUUUUCCUUUAUAGUGCUUAAAUUCUGGUGUAUGUAAAAACAUAGAAUUGCUUCUCAUUCAGGUUUGGUUUCAGAAAAAGGUGACAUGAACAUUUUAUAUCUGAAAUUUGUCGGAGAGGUGUAAUACUUCAUUGCACACAUGUAAAUACUGAGGGUUAGACCUGUCUUAAGAGUAAUUUUCAGAGCAUGGAGUGGUAGCUUUUGGUUUAAAGAAUGCGUUGAGUCUUUUUAGAGGCUGCUCCCCCUCCCCCGUUUGGAUAUUAAAUUUUGUUUGUUUUAAAUGUUGAGUAUCUGUUUCACUUCCUUAGCUAACUAUUAUGAAUGUUACUGCUCAUCAAAUAUCUGAAAAUGUAAUAGAAAAUCAGUCAUCCUGAAAGCAUCUCAUCCUUAUGAAAUGCCCAUAACAUAGCCUAUUGCCUACAGUUUUUCCUCCUUGACUGUAAUAAUUGAUGAAAUGUUUGUAAAUAAUGGCUUGGUAGGGGUUUUCAAUGCUACUGAAUUGAUUUAUGCUGUUUACAAGGCAAAUAAAGGUGGUCUUGACUCUUUGAA